GUGACUCUCACUUCCAUCAUUUGACAUUUGACUCAAGCUUCCCUCUCUCGCUCUCUCGCUCUCCCUCUCUCUCUUUCUCACCAUCUAAAGCCCUGUUUGCCUAAUCACACCUCUCUUCAACCACCAAACUCACAAUGUGUCCUCCAGUUGAAGAUACACCCACGAACGGCACGAAUGGCCACGCCAACGGUAUCAAUGGCACCAAUGGCUCUCACGAUGGUUUCACUCCCAUCAAGACGCGCGAGAACCCGCACCCUCACGCUUCGCCUUACCGACCCGUAGGAGACUUUCUGUCCAACAUUAGUCGCUUCAAGAUUAUUGAAUCAACUCUGCGUGAGGGCGAGCAAUUCGCAAACUCAUACUUUGACACCGAGGCCAAGAUCAAGAUUGCUAAAGCCCUGGAUGAGUUUGGUGUUGAUUAUAUUGAAUUGACAUCGCCUGCUGCUAGCGAGCAAUCGCGCAAAGACUGCGAGGCUAUCGCCAAGCUUGGCUUGAAGGCCAAAAUUCUUACACAUGUACGGUGUCAUAUGGACGAUGCGCGCAUCGCUUGCGAUACUGGCGUCGACGGCCUCGAUAUCGUCAUUGGAACUUCGAGUUUCCUGAGAGAGCACAGUCAUGGCAAAGACAUGACAUAUAUUAAGAACACUGCACUGGAGGUCAUCGCAUACGUGAAGAGCCGAGGAUUGGAAGUCCGUUUCUCAUCUGAGGAUUCUUUCCGUAGUGACUUGGUCGAUCUCUUGAGUCUUUACAGCGCUGUCGACAAGGUCGGUGUGAAUCGCGUAGGCAUCGCUGACACCGUUGGAUGUGCGUCUCCUCGUCAAGUCUAUGACCUUGUCCGGACUCUCCGUGGUGUCGUCAGUUGUGACAUUGAGACACAUUUCCACGAUGACACUGGAUGCGCUAUCGCCAACGCUUAUUGUGCUUUGGAGGCUGGUGCUACUCACAUUGAUACUUCAGUUCUGGGUAUUGGCGAGCGAAAUGGUAUCACUCCACUUGGAGGUCUCAUGGCCCGCAUGAUUGCUGCGGACCGUGACUACGUCGUCGGAAAAUAUAACCUGAAGAAACUCAAGGAGAUUGAAGACCUUGUGGCCGACCUGGUCGAGGUCAAUGUUCCCUUCAAUAAUCCCGUCACCGGCUUCUGUGCUUUCACACACAAGGCUGGUAUUCACGCUAAGGCUAUCCUCAACAAUCCCUCAACGUACGAAAUCAUCAACCCAGCAGAUUUCGGUAUGUCAAGAUAUGUUCACUUCGCUAGCCGUCUCACCGGGUGGAACGCCAUCAAGUCUAGAGCGGACCAACUUGGUAUCCAGAUGACCGACGAGCAAUACAAGGCAGUCACUGCAAAGAUCAAGGCUUUGGCCGACGUUCGCAAGAUUGCUGUCGACGACACGGACUCCAUCAUUCGAACCUUCCACUUUAAUCUCCACAACAAGUCCGAGAAGCCAUUGCUCGCUGGUCUUAGCGCCGAAGAGCAGAAGAAAUUUGAGCAAGCUGAAAGAGAAUUGAACAGUGUACCAGAAAAGAGAGAGCUGGACAGUGCCGUUGAUGCACAAGCAGAGGUUCCUGCGGCCAAGAAGACUAAGACUCAGGCCGUUUCAUAGACCGUCCUAAGUGUAGAGAGGUCAGUUCAUCAUUGCGAUACUAGACUAUAUCCGGCAUCUAUUGCAUUUCCCGGGGUGAAGCAAAAGUUCCGAAGUUGAUUUUCCGGCUUUCAUUUCUCAGUGUUUCACGACGGCGUUGGCGUAGUUCUUGGGAUGAACAGGAAAACGGUGCGACGCAGUCUGUUGAAGCAGAAACUAGAUCACUCACCACGCUUUCCAGCAUAAUCAAUAGACUUGUGUUGUGCAUUC